AUGUGGAGGAGCCUGUCCAAAUAUGUCUGUGUCUUCUUCCUGCUGUCCCUGUCAGGCCUGUUUUUCCUGUUAAGCAUCAUCAACGUUCUGGAGAAUCUGAACUGCCAAACAGUGUCAACAUUAUACCAGCUCCAGAGCAGCAUCCACACAGCUUUCUUUUCAGAGGCCCCUUUUCCUCUGGACCGCAACCAUAGCUACUGUGGCCUCCUGGGCCAGGAGCCCUCACCCGAGGAGGCUCUGGAAGAGCGUUACCUCCUGCAGUCCAUCGCCUGGCCAGAGCCUACGCACCAUUCUGAGAGCGUGUCCCUGGACCACACCAGUGAUCCUGCACACAGCUUUUUUGUGAUCCUGCCAGCAAGGGGCAGGAGUGAGUGGUAUGUGGGAGACCAGCUGGAGGCUUUUGUCCAGAUGUACGAUUUUCAGGGGCAUCCCAAGAGCCAUGGUGGAGACUUCUUGCUGGCCCGACUGCACUCCUCUGAAUUGGAGGCAGGUGUUGCAGGACAGGUGCUGGACCACAGGAAUGGGACCUACUCUGCCAUUUUCCCAUUACUAUGGCAAGGGUCUGCACAGGUGGAGAUGACACUGGUCCAUCCAAGUGAGGCAGUUCAUGUUCUACGACGGUUACGAGAGGAACGGCCCGACCGGGUUUUCUUUAAGAGUCUCUUCCGCUCUGGAAAACUGUCCCAGACAACUUUAUGUAACUUGUGUCUGCCAACAAGCCAGAAGCCGCUGUGCAAUUACACAGACGCCCACACGGAGGAGCCCUGGUACUGCUACAAGCCCAAGCUGCUGAGUUGUGACACACGGAUCAACCACGCAAAGGGAGGCUAUGUGAAAGAUCUGCUCACCAACAAAGAGAAAUUGCUCUUCCAGAGUGGUGUAAACAUCAAAGUUCACAUUCAUCCUUCAGGGUCUGACAGUGUCACUGUGCUGCCUGAGAAAAAAGACGUGGAGAGAAGCAGCAUGAAGAUGGAACCUACCAGAAUCACUCCUUCCGGGUAUUACUUCCAAGGGUCAUGGCAAGCGCUGACUGGUGGUGUAAUACGCCAGUUUAACGACACCUCUGCCAUUACUCAGUGUCUGAAGGGCAAGGUGGUGUACAUGUAUGGAGACUCUACUGCCAGACAGUGGUUUGAGUACCUCAACGACUUAUUACCAGAGCUGAAGCAGUUUAACCUUCACAGUCCUAAGAAUGUGGGGCCCAACAUGGCGGUGGACAGCACCCACAACACCCUUCUGAGGUAUCGUUGUCACGGUCCUCCAAUCCGCUUCACCAAUGUCAUCGCCAGUGAGAUGCGCUAUGUAGCUAACGAACUGGAUGGCCUGACUGGUGGGUCGAACACUGUGGUGUUUAUUAGCAUAUGGUCCCAUUUCAGCACCUUCCCUGUGCCGGUCUACAUUCGCCGACUACGCCACAUUCGGCGGGCGGUGGUGCGGCUUCUGGACCGGGCUCCGGGGACCAUGGUGGUGUUGCGUUCAGCCAACCUCCAGGCCCUGGACCCGGAGGUGAGCCUGUACAAUAGUGACUGGUACUCAUUGCAGCUAGACGGGGUGCUCAGGGCCAUGUUCAGGGGUCUGGAUGUCUUGCUGAUAGACGCCUGGGAGAUGACCCUUGCCCACCACCUCCCCCAUGCCCUCCACCCUCCCCCCAUCAUCAUCAAGAACAUGAUAGAUAUUAUCCUCUCUCGUAUCUGCCCAUGAAGAGCUAACAGAUUCUGGGCUGGAUUCUGUAUCGCUUAAAUAUCACGGAAGAUCCACGUAAGAAUGUUGCCUUAAUUUCCGAUUGAUCUCACAUAUGCAGUGUUUAUUGUGAAUGCAGUCUCCGCAACCCUCGGGAACAUUGCCAUUAAUUGUCAGUCGCGCUAUAAAGCAGAUCUUCAGCGCUACGGAUUGAAUAGAGCGCUGAGUGAAAUGAUAUGUCAGAUUUCUCCAUUAGUCAACACGUAUACAUAUAAAAAAAUGUCUAGCAAUUCAAAUUUUACCUAAAUCAACGUUCUGUUGAUUUAUCUUUUUCCAUGUCAGGCUGAAUGACCUGUUAUGAAUGUUACUCUCUCAAAAUGUGGCUUGGAAUGUAAAGAAUUACCUGCA